AUGGAGCCGCGGUGGCAGUACCAGUUCCGGGUGAUCAUGCUGGGGGACUCGACGGUGGGGAAGUCCUCGCUCCUGCGACGCUACACCGAGGGCGUCUUCCUGGACGCCGUCAACCAGACGGUGGGGGUGGAUUUCUACGUCCAGUUUGUGGAGCUGGAGCCGGGGCUGCGGGUGAAGCUGCAGUUCUGGGAUACGGCCGGGCAGGAGCGGUUCAGGUCCGUGACUCGCUCCUACUACCGCAACUCGGCUGGGGGGAUGCUGCUCUUCGACCUCACCAACCGCGCGUCCUUCGAGAGCGUCCGGCAGUGGCACCGGGAGGUGGUGGACACGGUCCAGCCAUUCCGCAUCGUCUUCUUGCUGGUGGGGCACAAGAGCGACCUGGCGGGGCAGCGGCGGGUGGGCAGGAAGGAGGCGGAGAAGCUGGCGGCCUCGCUGGGAGUGCAGUACAUCGAGACCUCGGCCAAGGACGCCAGCAACGUGGUCCAGGCUUUCCAGAUGCUGACGCUGGCCAUCUACCAGGCACUGCAAACGGGGCGGCUGGCUGCCACCGAGGCGUGGGAUGGCGUGAAGAGCAGCGUCCCACUGCCGGCGCCGCUCAAGGCUCGGGCACCAGAGAAGGAAGAGAAGCAGAAAAGAUGCUCGUGCUAG